AUGAUGAACAAAGUACACAGACAGUGCAUGUCUGUCGCAUCCAUGAGUGCAUCGCUUCCUCCCACGCCUCCAUCAAGAGCUUUGACAGAUAAUGAGUGGAGAUUCAAGACCAUUACACUACCCUGUGAGUGGGUGGAAGAUUAUCGCCCCGGUGGUUACCAUCCGGUCGUUCUGGGUGAUGUCUUCAACGACGGCCAGUUUAAGGUUAUUCGGAAGCUUGGUGAAGGCUCCUACUCAACUGUUUGGCUCGCCCGUGAUUUGAAAAACUGUAGAUAUGUUGCCCUGAAGAUUCCUGUGUCGGAAAUCUCGGGAGUAACAGCUGAGCUACGAAUUAUACGUCACCUCACCGAAAUUGCCCCAGCCGAAGCGGCCCGGCAUGUCACUCGUCUGUUAGGCGAGUUUGAACAUCGCGGUCCUAAUGGUCUCCACAGAUGCUUGGUAUUUGAGCCCAUGGGCCCGAGUGUGAACACUAUGGUAGAGGAGUUGCCGCAGUUCAAGCCUCGCAGGCGAGGAAUGAAGGUCCGCUAUCCGCUUCGGAUGGCAAAGAGCAUCCUCAAGCAAUCGUUGCAGGCUCUUGCAUUUCUUCACGAACAUGGCAUCGCCCAUGGAGACUUCCAGCCAGGGAACAUUCUCUUCACUCUUAAUGAUAUCGACUCCACGGCGGAGGACUCGCUCCGACAGGAGGAAGAUGUUCAAGCCCGGUCAAUCUCCCCUCCGGUACAGAGGCUAGACAAUAAGCAGGAUAGAUGGGCUCCCCCAUACCUUUGCGUUUCGCAGCCGCUGGUGCCCUUUACCAGCUACGCAGAAGGCCUUAAGGUCAAAUUAUCCGAUAUGGGUGGCGCUUUUUUCUUUACGGACCCUCCACAAAAACCCGUUACUCCACUGGGUCUUCGACUCCCCGAAUUGAUUCUUACCGGAGCCGUUGAUAAUAGUAUCGAUGUCUGGUGUUUCGGUUGCCUUGUCUUUGAACUUAUCACCGGACAGCCGCUUUUCUGUAUACCGGGGUCCGAGUAUGAAAAUGACGAUCAUCUUCUCUCUCUCACUGCCCGGCUUGGUGCCCUUCCCGACGAGCUUUUCAGGCACUGGGAGACUUCGUCACUCUACUUUACACCCGAGAAGCAGCUUUUUAAUUGUCAGCUUGGAGGAGUCGCUCCAGGAGAGAAACCGCUUAUGGUGGAGCAGCUGUCUAUGGAGGCGCUGUUCGAUAUGACAGAGCCCAAUCUCGACGAAGACGAAGCCCAAAAAGUGAAGACGUUCAUUCGGUGGAUUUUGCAAUACGAUCCCGUGAAACGCCCAUCGCCUGCGAGAAUCUUGUCUGAGCCAUGGUUCCGCGAGAUUGACGUUAACAGCGGCUAG